AUGUCUUCCCAACGCACAACCAUCUCCGCCUCCAAGGCCGCCCAGAAACAGCCGGCGCCCAGGAAACUGAUGUCGGUUGAGGAGUCCCGGCAGGUGCUGCUGAAGCAUUGUCUGAUGUCAAUGCCACCGAUGCAAGUCGCGUCGAACCGUCUCCCGCAAGACCGGAUCCCGCAGGGUCGGGGGCGGGGAACCCAGUCAUCUCAGGGACCGCACCAGGCUCGGGUCAGCCGACGUGGUGCAGUGCAGAAGCCGCAGGCUGCGAAAACGCCAAACCAGCCUUGCCCGAGGAUGAACCAGCAGCAACCUCGGAACCCCGCGGCCUGUCUGGGAUAUUCUGCUGCCGCGGUACAGAGCGGCAACCCAACCCCCGGCUCUUUCCCCAACCUGGCGACGACAGCGGCACCGGCACCGGCUUCCGUCCCGGGGCUCAUGCUCAGCGUGGAACCCUUUGCCUUCCCACCGCCACAGCUCUGCUUCAGCAACAAGGUGGCCGAGGGCAUGCGCAGGGGCAACCCAACACCUCCUCCGCUUGGCUUCCCGUGCUCUCCCAUGGUUAGCGACUUUCCCGCCGCCGGCAUGAUGGGCGCCUGGCCAUACGGCGGUAACCUCGGGGAACUCAACACGACGCCGCCAGACUCGCCGCCUGAUAUGAUCGACCGGGCGCUGUGGGAUCUUUAUCGUUCCGCCUACUUCGCGUACCUCGGCGGUGCUCCAGCUCCCACUCCGCUCCCAGUUGCCGCUCCAGGCGUCCCACCCCUCCCCGUCCCGCAGCAGCCGCAGCAGCAACAGCAUUUCUUGCCUCGUGUUGCCAACGGCCCGAUCUCAUCUGGGAAUAUGUUUCACCAGAUGAUGACGACGGCCGCGCCAAACCCCAACCUCCCGUUGCGUGCUGUGGGCGGGAUCGUGGCAAACCCGCCGAGACCGGCCUCGAUUGGUGCCCUGUUUCCCUCGCCGCCCAACGCGAGGCCGUCAUGUCAGACAAGACGCGCGACAAACCUGUCGCACUCCAUUUUGGCCGACGAUCUCUUCACUUUUGGGCCUGAUGGAGUUCCGUCGGGCGGGGAAGUGGAUCUGUCGCGGGCGAGCUCGUCGGGUGCUUGCGGGGGCGAAGGGUAUGACGUCUCGGCGGCGUCGAUUGGGGUAGCAACAACAGCGGCAGCGGCAGCGGCGGCAAAUGCUGGCCCCGGCCAGCCCGGCGAUGCUUCGGCUUCGUCCAGCGCCGAUCUUCAUCUGCCGCCGCCGCCGGUUCCGAGUUCCCCGGCGAGAGACGACGGUGUUCUGCCUGCUUCUCAGGCUGCUAGCGAGCAGGCACCGGAUGCCACGCCAGAUCUCGGGCCGCUGCUCGCAGUGCUCUCCCCCAGCGCCUUCCUGUUCGCUGAAGAGGCCGGGCAGGCGCAGGCCGAAGAGGGGAAUGCGGAGGGGGACUUGCCGCCGGUGCCAGACUCGCCCAGCGCCUUGGCCCUCGACACCCCGCCUGAGGAGGAGCCCGGGGGCGGUCAGGAAUUGGAAGGCUCGGGCGCAGCUGCCCAGCAGAAAGACCCAGCGGCGCUGCUUUCCGCAGGAAUGUUCGUGCCGGGGUUGGAGGAUGAUUGGGUGGCGGAGUAUACUGCAUUGUUGCCACUGCUAGAUGCAGAGUAA